UGGGCGCCUGCCCGGCCCGCGGCCGCCUCUUCCUCCCCCAGCCCCGCGGCGCCUGCCGCAGUCGCCGGCAGCGGAGCAGCGCCGAGCGCCCAGGCCCCUUGCCGAGUCCUCCCGCCCACCGUACCUCGUCCUCCGGACCCCUCUCGGGCCUGUCGUCCUCGCUCUCCAACCCCUCGCCCCCAUGGUCCCAGAGCCCGGCCCCGCCAACAACAGCACCCCGGACUGGGGGUCGCGGCCGCCUUCGGACCCCGCAGGCAGCGGCUGGGUGGCGGCCGCGCUGUGUGUCGUCAUCGCGCUGACGGCGGCGGCCAACUCGUUGCUCAUCGCGCUCAUCUGCACGCAGCCCGCGCUGCGCAACACGUCCAACUUCUUCCUGGUGUCGCUCUUCACCUCGGACCUGAUGGUGGGGCUGGUGGUGAUGCCGCCGGCCAUGCUGAACGCGCUGUACGGGCGCUGGGUGCUGGCACGCGGCCUCUGCCUGCUCUGGGCCGCCUUCGACGUGAUGUGCUGCAGCGCCUCUAUCCUCAACCUCUGCCUCAUCAGCCUGGACCGCUACCUGCUCAUCCUCUCGCCACUGAGCUACAAGCUGCGCAUGACGCCCCCGCGCGCCUUGGCGCUGGUCCUGGGCGCCUGGAGCCUGGCCGCGCUCGCUUCGUUCCUGCCCCUGCUGCUGGGCUGGCACCAGCUGGGCCGCGCGCGGGCCCCUGCCCCGGGCCAGUGCCGCCUGCUGGCCAGCCUGCCCUUCGUCCUCGUGGCCUCGGGCCUCACCUUCUUCCUGCCCUCGGGCGCCAUCUGCUUCACCUACUGCAGGAUCUUGCUGGCCGCCCGCAAGCAGGCGGUGCAGGUGGCCUCCCUCACCACCGGCAUGGCCGGCCAGGCCUUGGCGACGCUGCAGGUGCCCAGGACCCCACGCCCAGGGAUGGAGUUGGCUGAUAGCAGGCGUCUGACCACCAAGCACAGCAGGAAGGCCUUAAAGGCCAGUCUGACACUGGGCAUCCUGCUGGGCAUGUUCUUUGUGACCUGGCUGCCCUUCUUUGUGGCCAACAUAGCCCAGGCUGUGUGUGACUGCGUCUCCCCAGGCCUCUUCGAUGCCCUCACGUGGCUGGGUUACUGUAACAGCACCAUGAACCCCAUCAUCUACCCACUCUUCAUGCGGGACUUCAAGCGGGCCCUGAGUAGGUUCCUGCCGUGUCCCCGCUGCCCCCAGGAACGCCGGGCCAGCCUGGCCUCACCCUCCAUGCGUACCUCUCACAGCGGCCCCCGGCCGGGCCUGAGCCUGCAGCACGUGUUGCCACUGUCCUUGCCACCUGACUCCAAUUCUGACUCGGGCUCAGGCUCCGGUGCUUCAUCGGGCCUGCAGCACACGGCCCAGCUGCUGCUGCGUAGAGAGGUCCCCCGGGACCCCCUGCCCUCUGCCAGGGUUGCUGCUGUGGUCAAUUUCUUCGACAUCGAUCCGGUGGAACCCCAGCUGCAGCUGCAUCCACUUGGCGCUCCCACGAACUGACCUGGGCUUGGAGCUGGUCAGUGGGGAGCUGAACCGGAUGGGACCGAGUCCCCAAGGCCUUGGACUGGCUCUGGGCUAAGGCCGGAGGCUGCAGGUCUCCUGGGAGCCCUCUGAAUUCUGGUGGGGUGCAUCGAGCCAGCCCCCAUUGCCCACUCCCUGGGAUAAAAACUGGCUCAGAUACUGUUUUCUCCAGGAUGCUCCAUUGCUGAGUGUUACCGUGGAUGUGUGUGGAGGUGGCUAGGGGACUCUGGCAGAGGGGAAAAGGACCUCUUGGUUCAGGUUGGGGGGAAGACAGCCAUCUCCUUUGACAUUCUAGGAGACUGUAGGGAAGGGAUGCCUCUCUGUCUGCAGAGGUAGAUUAGUGCUGAGCUGAAUCCCUCACUCCUCAAAAAGUGUAAUCCGUGGGCCACCAGCAUUAGCGUCACCUCCCUGCCAUUUGUUACAAAUGCACACCUGUACCCACGCCCCCACCCAAGACCUGCUGAGUCAGAAUCUGCAUGCUAGCGAGAGCCGAGGGGUGAACUGUGUGCACAUUACAGUCUGAGACGUGCUGGCUUGGAUGAUCGUUAGCCCUGAGGAUGAUUUGCCGGUUUUCAUUCUGGCCACUGCCUUCAGGAUGCACAGAAAAACACCUGCCCCGGGUGUCAGGAAGGCAUACGUUUGAAUC